AUGAAGCGAAAUCGUUUUUGUGCCCCGACCGGGCGGUCGAUUCGCCUCUGCAUCACAUUCGCCGCGUACGGCCUUUAUCUCGCUGCGGCAUUUAGUGCAACGGCACACCCAUUCCGGAAGGACGCCUUGGGGAUCAUGAGGGAGAAACUGGGGAGCGUCACCCCAAAGCAGAAGAGGCGUUUCUACAUUCUCCUCGAUCACUUGCUUCGAAUUUGCUUGUACGCCUUCCUGUCCGCGGUCUUCGCUGGGCUGACGCUCGGCGUAAUGUGCGCCAACACCUUUACCCUCGAGAUUAUCGCGGAGAGCGGGCCGAAGCCGGAUUGCAAGUACGCAGCGACGUUGCUGCCGCUGCGCAAACAAGGGCACAAGACGCUCUCCACUCUCAUCAUCUCCAACAUGCUGUGCAACGUUCUCAUUGUCCAGGAGUUCAGCGAUGUCUUUGAUGUUGUAGAGGCCAUCCGUACGAGGGGCACGAUCACCCACGUGGUCGACGAUAGCGGCUCCGGUAUUUGGAAGUUCAUCGUGAGCACAUUAGUCAUUGUGCUGUUUGCUGAGAUUUUGCCCAUGUCCAUCUGCUGCUCGAAGUACUCGCUGCGUGUCGCCGCGGCCGGCUCCAUUUUUGUGAAGGUGGCGAUGAUCCUCACAUAUCCGCUGUCUGUUUCUCUGGGUUGGUUCCUCGAUGUUGUGGUGGGUAGCGAGGAGACAGGGCAGCUGUACGACAAGAAGGAGCUGCGCAAGCUGAUGGUGAUGCACUACGAACGCGGCGGUGGGGAUGACGCGCGCAUGCCUAAGUCAGAGUUGAAUCUUUUGCUCGCAGCCAUGGAUUUCCACGAGCGCAAAGUGCGCGAUAUCAUGACACCGAUCGAGAAGGCAACGUACGUCCGCAACACGGACCUCAUCACACCGGACUUUGUGGAGAUGUUGUGGAAGUCGGGUCGCUCACGAGUGCCGGUCGAGUCAGCGCCUGGAGUGUUUGAGAGCAUCCUCGUCGUCAAGGACUUGAUGACGGUGAACACGUCCUUGGAACUUUCGCCGCUGACAGUGGCGCAGGUGGUCAAAUCAAAGAACCGCCGGUUCGCGAUGGUGUGCACCAUUACGUCGCUGCCGUCAAUGCUCAAACUCUUUCUGGAGGAACAGACGCACAUGGCAGUCGUCUUCGAGGAGGAUCCUCACAGCGUGGGCGCAGCGAUCCCGGCGAUCGUGACGGAUGUUGGCUCGAUGUGGCGGGUGGAGCCUUCCGCGUCGCGCAGCUUUGCAUCGACCCACCCCAAAAUUGUCGGCAUUCUCACAAUGGAGGACGUUGUGGAGGAGCUGCUGGCGUCCGAGAUCUACGACGAGUACGAUCGCUAUAACGCGGUGGAGCAAGAGCCGCUCUACGCUACUGUCGACAUUCCCGGCAAUGGCCGCUACCCCGAGACUCUUCACUUACCGAAAGAGCCCGAAACGCCGCCGCGCGUCAACUUCUACUCGUACUUUACCCACCCAACUGAGAGCAUCCUGCUAACCGAUUCUCAGGUGUGGGCAGUCGCGUACUACCUCAACCGCACGGUUUCUUGCUUCUACAGCUGGCAGCCGGCAUACAUCAAGUUGCUAUUGGAGGAGUCUAAGGACCUGCAGCUGUGCUCCAUCACUCCCAGUCAGCUUAGCAGCACAGCGGAUUUGCCUUCGAUCAUGCCACCUGGCCAGACGCCCGACAUCCCCAGCAUGAUUAGUUCGCAGACAUCCGGCGUGCUGGGGAUGGCGUCGCGGUCCGAGUUCUUCUUCAAGGGCGGGCACACUCAGUUUCUCAACGCGGCGAGCGACCAAUCGCACAUUUUGUACUCGCGCGGCAUCCGCUCUGACCGCUUACUCCUCGUGCUGGGCGGUUGUGUGGAGCUGCUUGUCGGCUCUGAGGGCUUCCGCUCGAAGCUGCAGAGUUUUAACUACAUCGGCGAGGGGGCCCUCACGACGCCGCUCUUUAUCCCCGACUUCAGCGCCGUUGUGCUCACGGCGGCGCGUGUUUACAGCAUCCCCAAGGCGCUUUUUGACAAGUACUACCAUUAUCAGUCCAUCAACCGUGAACGUAGCAGCAAUGUGUGCGUCCUUGGCCCGAGCUUACAGAGCACGCUGCGCCCCUCCGUGUCUCGUCAUGCUAUGACCACCAUGGCCGGCAGCGAGUGUGAUAGUCUCCUUGGUCACCGCACGGAUGGCAUUCAAGCGCUGCAGAGGCAGUACGGUACCACGAGCAAGAGGACGGGGUAG